AUGUCACAAGAUACUUUACUCAUUCCAGGUCCAGUGACUCUCUCUAAAAAUGUAAUCAAUACCCUAGGUUCACAAUCUCUGUCACAUUUAAGUCCAGAAUUUACAUCAAUUUUCAAAGAAGCUUUACAAAAUUCAAGAUCUUUAUUCAAAGCGCAUCCUCAAAGGGGUCAACCUCUUAUUAUUGCCGGUUCUGGUACCCUAGGGUUCGAUCUAGUGGGCACUAACUUGAUCGAUCCUAUUAAUGAUAAAAUACUCUUACUUUCAACUGGUUUCUUCUCCAAUGAAUUUGCAACAUGUCUUGAGCAAAAUUACAAGGUACAACAUCUAAAUAUUUUAAAAGCCCCCAUUGGAGGUGUCGUACCCAUGGAUCAAAUUGUAAAUUCUUUACAGCAAGAUAAUUAUAAAGCUAUUAUAAUGACACACGUUGACACAUCUACUGGAGUGCGUAGUGAUGUGGAAAAAAUAAGUCAAGUCGUGAAGAAAAUUAGUCCCAACACAUUAAUUGUCGUCGAUGCAGUCUGUUCACUUGGUUGUGAAACAUUGAAAUUUCAUGAUUGGGGGUUGGAUUUCGCACUUUCCGCGUCACAAAAGGCUUUGGGUAUGGCACCUGGACUUUCAGUAUGUAUGAUUAGUGAUAGAGCAUUGGAUGUGGCUCUGGACGAGAAAACUAAACCUACUGGUUUCUAUGCUUCUAUUAAAAAUUGGUACCCUGUCUUAAAAAAUAGUGAAUUGGGUGUUGCCACUUACUUUGCCACGCCCCCAGUACAAUUGAUUGCUGCUUUAAACGUUGCUCUGAAAGAAAUUCUUAGUUAUAAAUAUAAAGGAUUGGUUGGAAUCGAUGCUAGGGUGGCUAAGCAUGCAGAUGUCAGUAAAUGGUUCAAAACAAAAAUGGUACAAGAGCUCCAUUUAAAAUUACUUCCUUCCUCUGAAAAAAAUGCUGCAAAUGGGUUGUCUGCAAUUUAUGCUGAUGAUCCAGCUUCCCUGAUAUCGUAUUUGAAAAAUGAGAAGCACAUCAUCGUUGCGGCAGGAAUUUUGAAAGAAAUCAAAUCGAAAUAUUUUAGAGUCGGCCACAUGGGCGUGUCUGCUUGUGAUGACUCCUUAGGCCAAUUAGGAAGUUGCUUUGAUGCAAUUCAAGAGAUUCUGCAACAAUAG